CAUCGAGUUUUCAAAUUCACAAUCAACUCCAUCGAAUCUAAUCUCUCGACACCAAAUUUUAAGCCAGAUCAAUGGAGUCCGGGAAAACAACUAAGGGUGCCGGAGGAAGGAAAGGCGCCGGUGAACGGAAGAAAUCGGUGACUAAGUCGGUUAAGGCCGGACUUCAGUUUCCGGUGGGUAGAAUCUCUAGGUUUCUGAAAAAAGGCCAAUACGCUAAACGAACUGGCUCCGGUGCACCGAUCUAUCUCGCCGCUGUUCUUGAAUACCUCGCUGCUGAGGUUUUGGAGUUGGCUGGAAAUGCAGCAAGAGAUAACAAGAAGACGAGAAUUAACCCUAGACAUGUUCUAUUGGCUGUGAGGAACGAUGAAGAAUUGGGGAAAUUGCUUGCUGGUGUUACCAUCGCGAAUGGAGGUGUUCUACCAAACAUCAAUCCAGUUUUGUUGCCAAAGAAAUCUGCAGUUGACGCCGAGAAGACUCCUAAAUCUCCCAAAUCGACUAAAGCUUCCAAAUCACCCAAAAAGGCAUAGAAAUAUGUAGUUAUGGUGUAGAAUAGUCAUGUUGUUUGUAUGAAGCUACAUUAGGUUAAAUGUUAAGAAAGUUUCUUGAUUUUAGCACCACAAUUAAUCUAAUCAUCUUGAUUACAUAUA